AUGGAGGAUGGUCCAAUAAUUCCACGUUUUCUUCCGUUAAAUACUGCCUUGUUCUUUGGGCUGUGUGCGAGCUUGCAUUGGUGGAGGAUGAUUCUUCUUUCGGGGUUGAUUUUUCGAAGCUCGGUGAUGACUUUUGGUGAACAAAUGGUGGUAUUCCAAUCCGCAGUAACAGUUCUUUGCUCAUUAAGAGAAAUUGUUGCAAUAUGAGC